AUGGUUGGUCCAGAAAAUGAUGGUCAGUUCCAGUUCACUGGUAUUAAGAAAUAUUUCAACUCUUAUACUCCCACAGGUAGAAUGAAUUGUGUACUGGCCACAUAUGGAGGCAUUGCUUUCCUGGUCUUAUACUUCAAGUUAAGGCCUAAAAAUCCUCCAGCUGUGAAAGCAACAUAGAUGGAUUUUGAAAUGUCUAGCCUCAUCUGUUAAGUCCCAUGCCUGAAGAAGCUGAUGUCAACUCAUCAUCUAAUACUCAAUUUGUACAAUAAAUUAUGAACUUUG